AUGCCGCGCUCAAAAACCCUACUCGCGUCAAAACCCAAAACGAAAAAGGCCCCUGCGCCCACGCCCGCGCCUACACCCGCAAAAGCGACGCCGAAAGUUGUGCAGCGUGCAAAUGACGACUCGGACGAAGAUUCCGACUCGGAUGGCGAUGAGGAGCUGGCAGUUGACGUUGGCGAGGAUGCUGGCAGCGAGAGUGACGAUAGUGAGGAGGAAGAGGACAGCGACGAGGACGGUGUGGACGAGGAGGGUAUGGCUCGGCUCAUGAACGCGCUCGGCGACGACGGACUCGACGAGUUUGAGCAGGCACAGCUCGGUGCACUCGCGGGCGAAGGUAGCGAUGAUGAGGAUGAGGCGUCUGGGUCGGACGAGGAGGCUGAGUCGGAUGAAGAAGGCUCUGCCGUUGCAGAGGACGGCCAAGGCGCCGAGGAAGAUGAAGACGAGGAGGAAGGCGUCGAGCUUGACGGCGACGACGUGAGCAUCGCUUCGGACGUCGUCGACCUCGUUCCCAAGCAGAAGAUCCAGAUCAACAACACCGUCGCGCUCGACCGCAUCCGCGAGACCAUCGCCCUGCCCUCCACCCUCCCCUGGACCGAAACCCUCACAACAACGUACCCCCAAACCCACUCCACCCUCGACCCCUCCGACGACCUCGCCCGCGAACUCUCCUUCUACCGCCAAGCCCUCCACUCCGCCACCGCCGCCAAAUCCCUCGCAUCUCAACAUAACUUCCCCUUUACGCGCCCCGCGGACUACUUUGCGGAGAUGGUCAAGAGCGACGCGCACAUGCAGCGCAUCAGGAGCAGGCUGCUGGACGAGCAGGCGGGGAUCAAGAAGAGCGAGGAGGCGAGACGGAUGAGGGAGGGGAAGAAGUUUGGGAAGCAGGUGCAGGUUGAGCGGACGAAGGAGAGGGUCGCGGCGAGGAAGGAGAUGGAGGAGAGGGUUAAGGGGCUCAAGCGCAAGCGCAAGAACGCCCUCGACCCCGACGGCGGCGAAGAUUUCGACGUCGCAGUCGAAGACGCGCUCGCCGACCGCCCCGCAAAACGCUCAAAAGCAGGUCCCGGUGCGUUUUCUCUUCUUACCACCUCACCCCCACCCCCUCUACUUUACAUAUACCAUGACUGA